CUGACAUGUCAACCGAUGACAUACCAAGAUGUCCUCAUCACUUAGGUCACACUCGCUGUUAGAUAAGUGUUAAAGUGAGUCAACGGGGUAUAAAUGCCAAAUCAAACCCCCCCCUCACAACUGCAACUCACUCUCUGUUUGCAUUUGAGGAUAAAUUUACAGCUGCUCUGUUGUUUAGUAGUUUUUCUUCAGGGUGGAGCUACAAGCUUUGCACUUUCAACAUCCCUCUCCUUGAUUCUGAGCUUAUUUUCUUAGACAUGGGGGAACAAAAUAAAAUAUUACCCCGUCCUAUUUUCCGCCGAGAUGCCUCCUGGGAGCCUUUCCCAAACUGGACACAGCCGAGCCGCGUCUUUUCCCAGGAUUUUGGCCUUCCUCCAUUCCUGGAGCCAGGCGAUGUGGACUGGAUUACCUGGGCAAAGAAGAGACUGGGGAAUUUCUCCUGGCCUACGUACACACAGACAUCGCUUCUGCCUCCCGUCAGUGGUCAGCAAACUGUGGAGGUGGACGGAAAGGGCCUCAGACAACUGACGGGUGGAGUGUCAGAGAUCCGCACGGGACAGGACAGUUGGAAGAUCAACCUGGACGUCAAUCACUUUUCCCCUGAGGAGAUUACAAUCACGACCAAGGAGGGAUACCUGCAAAUAUCAGGAAAUCACGAGGAAAGGCAAGAUCAGCAUGGAAUGGUCUCAAGAUGCUUCAGCCGCAAAUACAAGUUGCCGCAGGGCGUGGACCUGCAGCACAUCAGUUCGUCCUUGUCGAGUGAUGGAGUUCUGUCCGUGGAGGCUCCCGUCCCCGGGACACACGUCAUCGACCCGGCCAAUGAGCUGGUCAUACCUGUGCAGACCAAACAGAGGCAGCAGGAGGGUGAGAAGUGAGCCACGUGAGCAGAACCUGACACUAAACUCCAGAUGCAGUUGUGCAUGGAACAAACUGUAGAAUAAUAACAAAAGAUAUUUGCAGCUUAUUAUUAAAUGUGACUCAUUGUUUUUAUUUUUUUUCUUCCUGUCAUGAUACUACAGUAACGUUUGGUUUUAAAACUAAAGGCAAACUCAGUCAGUUAGUGUAGCUGAAUAGAAACAUUAAUGUGUUUAAUUUUUUGUUUGUACAUAUUAAUAGUAUGCGUUUUUUAAUGAAACAGCCUCGUGAAGCUGUUCUGGUGUAAUGUAAAACUUCAACGACUGCAUUAAACAGCUCCUAAUAAACACUGUCAUUCCCUUCA